GAUCUUAAAGCAUUUGAGAGGAGGUUAACAGAAGUGAUAUCACAACUACAACCGAUUACUGUCAGAUGGAGAUUUGUCCUCCUGUUAACAGCAGUUUGCACAAUUGCUGGAGCCUUGAACUGGCUGAUGGAUCCUGAAACGUUUAAGGUUGUCUCCUUCUUCGACUCCUUACUUAACCACUUAUUUUUCACAUCCAGUAGCAUCUGCCUGAUCAUUCUAUUUCUUCUCGGCAUCCACAAGAGAGUUGUUGCUCCAUCCAUAAUAGCUUCAAGAUGUCGAUCAGUUCUGGCUGAUUACAAUAUGUCAUGUGAUGAUACAGGGAAGUUGAUAUUGAGACCCAGGCCAGGAACAUGA